UCUGACUGACUUUUUCUAAAUUUCUUUCCUGACGUAUAUCUUUAUCGGCGUCUAAGAGGCUGACUGUGUGUGAAAUAUAUGGAUCUUUUUUUGCAUUUCCAUCAGCAGUUCCUACAUUGGUGUCUGUGAUUCAAGAAGGUCAUGCAUGCGCAUCUAACCUAAACAAAGGUACAGUAUGCAAAAUACCUGACAUGGAUACGCCUCCUUUCUUGUCGUGAGUGUAGUCUAUGCGCCCUUUGAAUACUAUAGGCUCAGCAUACAAUGUAAUAAGCCGCUACAACGUACCCUGAAAGUGACGUCACGACAGGUAGAUCCCGUCUCAAGGACAGCAGCCGAUAAGAGCAACUUUCUAUCGUUGUCUCGUCCGUCGUCUGAUCCGCUGGGUUUGGGUCCUUACAUCAAAGUGACUCCUGCGCCAUAGUGAACCAGGCUUUGUUUUUUUCUGACUGAGCAGAGAAUGAUGAGACUGUCCUCCACCAAAUGGGCGUUCCCUCUGCUGGGACUCUUAAGUGUUAUCUUUGUGUAUGGACUACACAUGAGCCUGACCUCCAACAGUGGUGAUGUCAGUGAGGGCUCAGAUGACGUCGCCGACAAAAGUCUCACCUCAGCGGGACGACGAAACGAGACGACAGAAGCUUCGUGCUCUCUGAGGAAGACGGUGAGGACAGAUUCACUCCUCGCGGCCCAUUUUAGUUUCUCUGUGCCGGUUUUUCAGUGGAAGGAAAGUUUCUCUGAACAAGCUUGGGAUUAUUUAAAGGAAAGGGCGCUUCCUUAUGGCUGGAAGGGAGUCUCAGUUGAUGAUUUGAAAUUCAUCCUCUCGCACCUCAACAGUUCUGAUCUCCUUCCUCGGCGUUCACCUCACAGGUGUGUUCGCUGCGCUGUGGUGGGAAAUGGUGGCAUCCUCCGAGGAUCCAAACAGGGGAAGAACAUUGACAGUCAUGACUUUGUGUUCAGGGUGAACGGAGCAGUGACUAAAGGUUUUGAAGACGAUGUUGGGGAGAGAACGUCUGUCUACGUUUUCAGCACCAACUCCAUGAAGAAUUCACUCAAGUCGUACUUCAAAAGUGGCUUCACCAAAGUUCCCCAGAGUCCGGAGGUUAAAUACAUCUUCAUCCCCGCAGACAUAAGAGAUUUUUUGAUGAUAAAAGCCGCUGUUUUGAACGAGACUGUCAGCUCAGGCUUUGACAAGGGAGACAGGCCCUGGAAAUAUUUUGGCCACAAACCACCAGACAGCUUCAAGAUUCUCCACCCAGACUUCAUCUCUAACAUCACCCACAGCCUGCUUCGUUCCAAACGGCUGAACAACCCUAAGACCCGUAACGUGUACAUGCCGAGCUCGGGAGCGAUGAUGCUGCUGACAGCUUUACAUACGUGUGACCAGGUUUCUGCUUUCGGCUUCAUCACCAGGAACUACGCAGACUUCUCCGAUCACUACUAUGACCUCGUGAAGAGGCGCCUGGUGUUCUACGCUAACCACGACUUGAAGUUGGAGGGUGAGCUGUGGGACGAGCUGCACCGCCGGAGAGUCAUGAAGCUGUACCAGAGGCAGCUGACGGAGGAGUAGGACAAUGGUGGUUAUGUUUUCAUUGCAUUACGCGAUGGAAAUUUAACGGUUUUGAUUAUUUUACUGAGCAUAGAGGGAGCUUUAAUUUUCCACUCAAGCUCCUUCAAGAAGUAGUUAUAGUUAUUAUUUUUUCUGCUUCUCAUUAAUUUUAGGAGUUUGUUUUGAGUGGAAAUGACAACAAUAUAGGGUUGUGACUUACAGUAAAAUAUGUUGAUAUAUAGGUAAUUUUUGAUGCUUCAGUUUGCUGAGUCUUGCUGACAACUUUAGGCUAGUGUUUUAAAUAGUUUAUUCACUGUUGACAACAUGAUUUGUUACUAAAACAUCAUGAGCUUGAACAAUUCAUGUUCAAAAUGUAUGAUAAUUUUGUCUUGUCUUUAAUCACGGAAAUGUUUGAAUGAUUGGUAAAAUGGAAAUGAUACCAGAAUGUAGUGAUCUGCAAACAAUGAGCCAAUAAUACGAAAGUAUUACAAAGUAUAACAAAGUCUUUCUUUUUUAACUUUGCCUGUUCUUGAAACUUUGAACACUGAACGUUUCACUUAGCCGAAGGACCACAGUGAUUCCUCUAGGAGGAGUAAGUGACUUAAAAACUGAUGGAGGACACCUCGCGGGCUUCCACCUCUACUUCUAGUCAAGACCAACUCUAAAUUAAUAAUUGGGUUUUGUAACACUUACACGUGGAUGGGAAAAUAAACAAGAUUUCUUGUUAGUGUCUUACUGACUGUAAACCGCCAUAACACUGCAGUUUAAUCUGACUGCCAGCAUUCUUGGCAACUAGCCAUUAAAUGCCGUGCAUUUAUGAAUAUACUGAACGAGCUUCAUUAUAAUAAUCGUGUUGUUUCUU